AUGGUAAUAAAACCCUGCAUUACAUCCCUCGAUCUAGGAAGUUAAGCAACGUGCAGUCCAGUUGAGUUCAGUAUACGUACUUGGAUGGGAGACCACCAAGGAAGAUCCGGGAUGCUAGAGCCCGACCAAGAAUUUGUCUUUCAGAAGGCCUCAAUCACGUAUACCCACAAGAAUAGAGUCCCUUCAGAAACUUGGGUGCUGCUGUGCCACUCAAGCUGUUUUCCCUUACUCUCCUGUCAGCCCCUGGACUUGUGCAGACCUUGGUAGGGAAUCCCCAGCGGAGUAACCCGACACUCACAGAGGAUGUGCCCCUGCUUUUGGGAAGUCACCUCUGACCUCUCCCUCCCACUGUAGUUGGGACAACAGACAGACAGACAUGGUGUGUUGGUAGGGAGGAACUGGGGACAGACCAGACUCACAUCCAGGAUGGAUUUUGAUAAGAUUGAGCAAACAGGGAAGGCAGACUUUGUUGUCCAUGAGGCGGAGAAGAGAUUUGCUAACAAGGCACUCUUGACGAUGAACACUCUGCGACGGAGCGGUCAGCUGUGCGAUGUGGAGAUAAGUGUGGAGGGAAAAACGCUCCACGCACACAAAGUUGUGCUGGCAUCUUUCAGUAACUACUUCUACGCCAUGUUCACAGGUGAUAGAGGAAGAGGAGUUUCUGAUGCUGCCUAAGGCACAGCUUGCAGAACUCAUCGCGUCAGAAGACCUUCACGUGUCCAAUGAGGAGGAGGUUUUUAAUGCAAUCAUGUCGUGGGCUUAUCACGACAGGGAGAACCGCAAACACCACAUAGCAGAACUUCUCAAACAGGUUCGGCUGCCCCUGCUGUCUCCUCACUUCCUGGUGGACACAGUGGAACAUGAGGACCUGAUCAAACAGGACCUGGCCUGUCGAGACCUGCUGGACGAAGCCAAGAACUACCACAUGCUGCCCGACAGGCGGGGACGCAUCAAACGGGACCGCAUCAGGCCCAGGCGCUCUUGUGUAGGUGUGAUCUACUGCUGUGGAGGGAUGGACACCACGCGACACUCGCUCAGCAGCGUGGAGAGAUUUGACCUCAGCUCCGGGAAGGUCAGCAUCGUGGCCAGCAUGAACACACCGCGCAGCGGGGUCGGAGUCGCUGUGCUAGAGGGCCGUGUAUACGCCGUCGGUGGCCAUGAUGGCAGUCAGUACCUGAACACAGUGGAAUGUUACACUCCGGCUGAACGCCGGUGGAAGUAUGUCGCGCCCAUGUCAACCGCCAGGAGAUACGUGGCGGUGGGCGUGAUGGGAGGACUGUUGUACGCUGUAGGAGGCUAUGACGGAUCUGCCGUGCUUGACUGUGUGGAAGUCUAUGACCCAAACUCUGACCAUUGGCGUUAUGCAGCUCCAAUGCACUGUAAGCGGCGGCACGUUGCAGUUGGUGUUCUGGAGGGUCAAAUGUACGCAGUGGGCGGCCACGAUGGUGCGUCAUACCUAAAGAGUGUGGAGAGAUAUGACCCUGAAACUACCCAG